GUAGUGCCGUGUCGGUGCUGAUGGGCUUGUGUAGCUGCUGCUGCCUGUAGUGCCGUGUCGGUGCUGAUGGGUUUGUGUAGCUGCUGCUGCUGCCUGUAGUGCCGUGCCGGUGCUGAUGGGUUUGUGUUGCUGCUGCUGCUGCCUGUAGUGCCGUGUCAGAGCUGAUGGGCUUGUGUAGCUGCUGCUGCUGCCUGGAGUGCAGUGUCUGGGCUGAUGGGUUUGUGUAGCUGCUGCUGCUGCUUGUAGUGCCGUGUCGGGGCUGACGUGUAGCUGCUGCUCGCUGGCUGCUGCUGCUGCUGCACGCUGCGCAGACGGCGUCCGUUACCCGUGCCCGGGAUGAGAUCGCUCGCGAAGCAUCGUCCGCGUGCCCGUGCGCAGUGCUGUCUGCGGCGGCGCGAGCCAGAUGUCUGCCGCACGCGCUCGCCGCUGAAUCGUAGAGACGUCCAUCAUCAUCCCCGGCGGCUCGGGGGCAGAGGGGGAGAGGAGCAGGGAGGCGGGGAGCGAGGCAGAGCAGGAGGAGCGGCAGGAGGAGCGGGAGGAGGAGGAAGCGCUGCGUCUCCAGCUGACGGCUGAGUCGCCACCGCCGCCAGAGGUGCUUGUGGUGGCGGAGCGCAGAGGAAUGCGCGGCUCGGGCUGGUGGAGGCGCAGGCGGUGGUGGAGAUGGAGGUGCUGGACGUGGAGUUUUCGGUGGCCACCGGGCCGCGUGGGGCCGUGGCCCCGCGUGGCGACCCCGACGUGGCAGGGGUACGCGCUGGUGGCUCUGCUCGCCGCGCUCGCGUACGCCAACAGCCUGCAGGGCGACUUCGUGCACGACGACCUCCUGGCCAUCGUGGGCAACCCGGACGCGCAGCCCGGGGCCCCGCUGUCUCGUCUCAUGGGCCACGACUUCUGGGGCAAGAGCAUGAGGUCGCCCAGCAGCCACAAGUCGUACAGACCGCUCUGCGUGCUCACAUUCAGGCUGAACGUGUGGCUGGGCGGGAUGCACCCCUGGGGCUUCCACGUGCUCAACGUGUGCUUGCACGCCGCCACGUGCGUGGCCUUCGCCGGCCUCGGCCGCUCCAUGCUGUGGCCCCCCGCCGCCGUCACUGAGCGGCGCCUGCCCGGCGCGCCCUGGCUCGCCGCUGCCCUCUUCGCGGUGCACCCGGUGCACACGGAGGCGGUGUCGGGGAUCGUCGGACGCGCGGAUGUUCUCGCCGGCCUCCUCUUCCUCGCCUCCUUCUGCGCGUAUGUCCGGAGUGUGGGCGCGCAGGGCUCGGUCGCCAGUGCAGGCUGCUGCCGCUGCUGCCCCAUCACCGAGUCCCCCGGGCUGCUGGUGCUGUCGCUGCUGCUGGGAGGAGCGGCGAUGCUCGUGAAGGAGACGGGGGUGACGGCGCUGGGCGCCGCGCUCGCUUACGACGCUCUCGUGCUGAGCCGCCUGCCACCGUGUCGAGAGAAGGAGACGGCGUGGCGUGCGGGGCGGAGCUGGGACCUGCUGCACGGCUACAAGCCGCUUCUGAAGCGUGCAGCGGUCACCGUACUCUGGCUGGUGCUGCUGCUGGCGUUCCGUCUGGCCGUGAUGGGGGCCACGCUACCGGCCUUCAUCGAGCAGGACAACCCGGCCUCGUUCAGCCCACACCGCCUCACCAGGUUCCUGACCUACUCCUACCUGUGCGCGCUCAACGCGUGGCUGCUGCUGUGCCCACGCACGCUCAGCUACGACUGGCAGGCCGGCAGCGUGGAGCUGCUCACCUCGGCCCGCGACCCGCGCGUCCUCGCGCCCACGGGCCUGGCGCUGGGCCUGGGCAUCAUCGCCGUGCGCUGUGCUCGCACUCCGCAGGUGGAGGAGCGCCGGGUUCUGACGGCGGGCCUGCUGCUCCUCGUGCUGCCCUUCCUCCCGGCGAGCAACCUCUUCUUUCGCGUCGGCUUCGUGAUGGCCGAGCGCAUUCUCUACUUGCCCAGCAUGGGCUCCUGCCUGCUGGUGACGCACGCGCUCACCUCGCUCUACCUCCGCGUGGGCUCGCGGGCCCGGCCGCCCGUCGCGGCGGCGGCGCUCUGCCUGCUGGCGCUCUUCGCCGCCAAGACUCUGCAGCGUAACCAGGUGUGGAGGUCCCGCGAGGCCCUCUUCAGGUCGGGUGUGGAGACCCUGCCACAUAAUGCCAAGGCGCACUACAACUACGCCAACCUCCUGCGGGACAAGGGCGAGACGGAGCGCGCACGGCAACACUACCGGGCUGCGCUCAGCCUGUGCCCGGGCCACGCCAGUGCGCUCAACAACCUGGGCACGCUGGCUCACGAGCUGGGACACGCCGAGAGCCUCUACAGACGCGCGCUCGCCGCCGCGCCCGCGCACGCCGGAGCCAUGUUCAACCUCGCCAACCUGCUCAGGAGCCGUGGGCUGGGCGAGGAGGCGGAGCGGCUGUACCGGCGGGCCACGAGGGUCGCGCCGCACUUCGCCGACGCCUUCGCGGGGCUGGCCUCGCUGCUGUCUGCCCAGAAUCGCGCGCACGAGGCGGAGGAGGUGUACCGCACGGCGCUGGAGAUUCACGCGAACAACGCGGAUCUUCACAACAACUACGGCGCCUUCCUCCUUGAGCGAGGUGACCAGGAGCGCGCCCGCGGCCACUACAUGCGGGCCACGCAGCUCAACCCCUCGCACUCCGUGGCGCUCGUCAACCUGGGGCGGCUGGCGCGCGCCCGCGGCCACAACCGCGAGGCCGAGGACUGGUACCUCCGCUGCCUGGAGGUGGACCGCAGUGCGGAGGCGCUGUCGCUGCUGGGGGCCCUCUACUACAACACGGGGCGGACACGCGGCGCGCUCGGCGCCUACAGCGAGGCCCUGGAGCGGGAUCCCUCGAGCAGGAGCAGCGCCCUGGCUCUGGCACAGGUGCUGGUGCGUUUGGGGGAGGUGCGGGAUGCCGAGCGGGCCGUGACGCGCGCGCUGGCGCUGGACCCCGCGUGCAUCGAGUGCCACCGCCUGCGGGCGGCGCUGCACGCGCAGGCGGGAAGCACGCAGCAGGCGCUGGAGGCAGUGCGCGCCGCCAUCCGCUUGAGGCCCCCGGACUCGCGCCUCCUCGCCGACCUCCACUUUGCCGAGGGAAACCACCUGCGGGAGCUGGGCCGCACGCACGACGCCCUCAAGAGCUACCACGAGGCCGUGCAACUGGAGCCCUCGUUGGCGCCCGCGUGGAUGAACAUGGGAGCCGUGCUGCACGUGCAGGGGGACUACAGGGGCGCCCGCGAACUCUACGAGAGAGCUCGGCAGUUGGAGCCCGGCAGCCUCGCGCUGCUGGAAAACCUGGCGAAGCUGGAGCGAGCGGAGCACGGAGCGAGCGGAGCAUGGAGCGAGCGAAGCACGGAGCGAGCGGAGCACGGAGUGCCCCCCCUCGCAGGCCCCGAGCGGAGCUCCCCAACGGCUGUCCCACCGCUCCACUGACCACAUCCUCACCCGCGGGGCCAAGCCCCCGCGUCAAGCACAACGUGCGGGGGACACACCUCUGAAGCGUUUCCGCACAGUGGCGCCUGUGUGGCUGAUCAUUAUGGGAUCCAGUGCGAGGCGGUAACUGGGUUCCCCUGCGUAUUUUCUCUCCUCCACGGCUCCAACUGCUUGUCAGAGUCAGCAGCAAUUACCAGCGAGUUAGUAAACAUGACAUGGUUAACCAGUGGGGAGCCAUUGCUAGACCAUAUCUGGGUAUUAAUCAUCCUCCCACUGUAUCCAUACCGGAUGGAAAUCUCAUGUUUUUCAAAACGGACCUUAAAUUGUACGAUGUCGUAUUAUCGCCAACCCCGAUAAGUAUGUUGGGAACAGGUGUAGCUUGGGGGAGGGGGGUCAGGGCACUGGCUGGGCCGUGGGGCCCCGGUGCAGUUGCACUGCCUGCGCACUCGCUGGCCACGCCACUGUCCACAGAAAGACUUACAAAGCGAGCGAGCGAGAAGUGCUGGGUGUAAAACCGCGUGAAUUUUGUCCAAUUGUAUAACUUAUAUAAGCGUGGCUUUACUGUGCACGGCCGUGGAGUUUGUCCGGUGUUUUGCCGUUUACAUAAUUAAGUGUUAUAUUUAAGCGGUGAGUGUUGGGACUGAGUGUAGCCGCGGCGAGCAGGUGGGGGACGACUCACCGCCUCCUCGCCACCUCCUCCUGCUGCUGCGGGAGCAGCGCGCGAUUCUGGCCGGGGCUGUGGGCAGCGCUUGAACGAACGCCGCUGAGCUUCGUCUGCCUUGAGAGAGCAAGUUCGCCUCCUCCUCUUCCCGCAGUUCCACGCUGCUUACUGUUGUUGUUGUUGUUGUGCUUGUUUACCUAGGAGAGCCUAACAGAGUCUCAAGACACUUUUUUUUCCAAGAGGUUCCCUGUCAACUUUUCGCAGGGAGGGGGGUUCGGGGGGGGAGAGAAGAUUAUCCCGCGUGUGCAGGAAUCCCCGUCGAGUAGUUUGCGAGGUUAUUUUUCGGCAUCGCGAAAUUGCCGUUUGAACUCUUUGCUGUCCAAGGGCUAUGCUCUUAGCGCACGUCCCGGACGCGAGAGAUGAGCCAGCGGUCCACAGCGCGCGUGCGCUCCACUGCCGUUUCGUUACACACGGGCUCCGAGCCCACGGGGCUGGCAUUAGUCAGUGUUUACGAGUGUUUACCUCCGUCUAUGCACGAUUCAGUUUUCGUCACAUCACAGUUGGACACCCGUGGUCGUGCGCACGUUUCUAAUUCCGUGCGGUCGUCUGUGACGGAGCAUUGCUCAUCGAGCUAUGCACGGAACAUUUAUAUUUUAAAUGCUAAUGGCAAGCCCAGGUAAGAGACCCAGCAUCUCAGUCUCUCCAUGAAUCUGGAGCUGGACUUGUUUGAGUCUGUCAUCACUGGCUUACGCACACAUCGUCGCAAGGACACGUGGGUCCUCCGUGUGAAAUGUUCUUUUAAAAAGUUAAAGACAGAGACCAGUCUGUUUGACAUAUUAUGCAGAAUGACGACACACGCGCAUGAUACCAAGUGCAACGUAUCGACAAUGUUUUAUUUUAAAAAUUGCAAAAAACAGAGUUAUAUAUAAAAUAUAUGUACAGUCGACACGUGCGGUGUGCAGUGUUUCAGCUUGCGUGCAAAGCAGCGUGGAGUGCCCCCUGCCGAGUGCGUGCAGCGCGACACGCAGACACCAGCGCCGCUCCCCGCACCGACCAGCCUCCUGUGGCAGCCUCCUCCCUCGCCUCCAGUGCCAUACUCUCUCCCCUCACCUCCCUACCCUCCUGUGCCAGCCUCCUCUCACCUCCGUACCCUCCUGUGUCAUCAUACCCUCCUCUCACCUCCUAUCUCUCUCCAAGCUCCAUAUCCU